AUGCUGCUACCCCCAGGGAUCCUAGUUCUACGUGACUCAGAGCACCUGAAACAGCUUCUGUGCGGCGGUGAAAUCUGGGUGUCUCAAGCACCUGAGCUCAAAUUCAAUAUACGUAUUGCCUCCCUGGAUGAUUUGCAUCCAUCGUUCAGCCAUUUCGUAUCCCAGCUAGGCGACUCUACCUGCAGAGCGAAGAUCUGGACAGAUCUAGACCUCGUUGUUCUCUACAAAAGCUGUAUCUUCGAACCCGGCCAGGGUUGCUCCACAUAUCUUCUCUCUUUCGGCAUACAAAAGCGACUUGGACCUGCAGAAAAGACGAAGGCGCUGAAGCUGCCCAAAAUAUUGAGGGAUUACUCUGAUGCAAUUCCUCCGACUAAUAUACCUACUGUCCGAUUGACCUCCAUUGACGUCCUCCUGGAAUAUACCCACAUUUUCGAACAAUGUAUAAAACGGUUUCAGCAGUCGAAACCGCACGACAAAAACGACGAUAUAAUACAGUCGGCCGAUUUUGGCGAUUGGGAUUGGGAUGGCGUACAAAACUCACAAGCAAACAUCUCAAUAAUUACAGAUACCCAUGGUCCAGUAUUCGAACACGACGUCAGAAGGAGUAAUGAAGAAUUCAAACCCUUCGACCAUUCAACACCCAUAUCUUCUAGCCCUUUAGAGUUCGGCGCAUUGUUUCAAGAAGCCCUUACGGUACUGGUGUUUGGAAAUGUGGUGCGGAGACGCAAUAACACCGAAACAGGGUCGGAUGGCUUCCAGAGCCUAUCCAAGAUAGCCCCCGGUGUAUUCAAACCCGGCUAUCGUGAGGCUAUGAGCCAACGAUCUCGCUUGCUGCCCUCAAUCGCGAAAUCCUUAACCUCGAUGUUGAAUCUCAGCGACAACCAAGUUUUAAAGGAGAAGAUGGCCUCCGUCACAGCAGUACACCAACCAGACUUACGCCCCUCGAGCCCGACCACAAGAGGCAACGAUACAAAGGCCAUACUGAAAAUGAAACUAUGGACUAUCUCUCAGAAGCGGCUUUAUCACGCACCGACGCCGAAAAGCUUGAGAGCUUCAAGCUCAUUGCCCAUUCCUAACCAAGAAGAGCAAACUCAGGACGAAACGCUUCUUUUAGAAGCAAUAUCAGGAGAAACAGGGUAUUUUGAUGAUAAUUGCAAUACUGAAUCUGAACUCGAAUUUUAUUCAGCAAGCAACGAAUCAGAGCCUGAGCUUGUCCUUGAUUUUAACUUCGACGAGUCAGAACAUAGUUCGAGCAUGAUAUUCGAUGGCAACGAAAUCGGACACCCAGCGGAGACCCUGGAAGAGCUUCAUUUUGAUGGCCAGAAAACUGCCCCUCCUCAUAGUGCGUCCAUAAAAGCAAACUGCCAAGUGAAGUCGCCCUAUACACGCAGCUUGUCAUUACCCAACUCUGAAGACACCCUGAUGGAUCAUGAAGGAAUGCUUGAUUUUGAUACUAAUUCCGUCGAAAACGUUCCGGGAUUAUCAAGUCAAACUUCUUUUUCGCACAGUCCGCAUUCGUAUGCAGGACCUCUAGUGGAUUUAUGUGACGACUAUGAUGAAGAUGAGAUGCUCUGUGACGAUAUCUCAGUAUAA